GGCAUAAAAACAACAUGAAUAGGCAUAAAAGCAGCACUAAGAGGAAGAUAUGGACUAAUUUCUCCCAAGAUCCUUUUGAAUCUGCCAAAAAGAGAAGAAACAGGCUAAGCUCUGCUUCUAAGGAUCCAAGGAUGACCUCGACUGGGAGUACAGCGCUCAGGGCCACAGCUGUGACGACUCCGAAAAAAAAUACUGCUCGCGAGAGUAAAGUCUCAGACUACGCCAAGGAUACUUAUGUGGAAGAUAUGAUGAGAAGAAUGGAGAAUAAGCUAGGAAAGGCCAGUAUGAUUCACAAAAAUUCACUGGUGGACAGGUCUAACCCUGACACCCUCUAUGGGUCCCCUAGAGUGAGAAGGAAGUCAGGAGUCAACUAUCUUGACUCCUCACACGAAAUUGAGAUGGACAUCGAUGUUAAUGAAUUUACCUUGGAAAGCUGAGAAUAUAAUUAUGACGAAUCCAUUGCAUCUUUAGGCCUCGACCCUGUCACAAUGCUUGGAGCAAAGAGUAGCUAUGCUGAAGUAUCUAUCACUACUUUACAGAACUCCAGAAUUAAUCAAAGUAAAAUUAUAGCAUCAAAGAACCUUUUUAAUGGGGAUUUUCUAUGUAAGAGACCGACUAAGAUUGUAAGGUUCGCUUCUAAUGAGUACUCCACUGAUUCAGAGAAACACCAGAGGAAGAAAACCCAGCUUGUAAUGAACAGAGAUGGCUAUAUGAGAGAAGAGUACGAUGCUGAGUUUGACGCUUGCUGAAAUUUUACUUAAGGGGCUUCCUUUUUCA